AUGACAUUCUCAACACAAGCACCAUCGUCAAAAAGCAGUAUAACCAUUGACAACAUUCUAAAAAUAAAUUUACACGUUGUACACGUAAAUCCCAUCGCCAAAGUAUAUGACUCGUUCGAAUACGGGAAAAUGGCAUUGAUCGUGCGCUACGAGAUGCUUGAAUUGUCUUGGGAUUUUUAUAAUGCGCAACAGGAGAUUAUAAUUCCGUUUAAGCAGAUUCAAAAAUUUAGAAUUUCUGAUGGGAAAAUUUAUAUUCAACUGCUUGGUGAAUUUAUUAGUUUGAUAAAGGUUGAUGCGGAUAUAAAUGGAAAUUUAUUCAAGUCAAAGAUUAGUCCAAUUUCUUUUGAUUCCCUAAAAAAUGCAGCCAAUCUUGUCUUUACACCAAAUGACAAUGUGACAUCAGAAUCUUUGAUGGUAUUUGGACAAAUUAUAAAGAAAUUCCGUUUCGACAAACCGUCUUCUAUUACAAAAACUAAAAACGAAAAUAACUAUCCAACAAAUCAAGAUCAAGAACAUGGUGUACCACAAAUG